GUGCUGGGAGGGGCGUCUAGUGGUUAGCGCAGGGUACUUUGUUCUGAUCCCAUUGCUCCGCUCUCCAUUCCCCGGGCUGGGGGCAGGGCUGUCCGGCGUGUUGUGCUAGAAACGCUCCUCAUCCAGGUUUCCGGCAUUGCUGCUCCUGAGCAUGCUCAGGGGAUCUGUGGCUGGUCCAGGACAUCUGCUGAUGGAGGCGGGAAGGGCUGGGCCAGGAGAGGGGCCAAUAGACAGAACCAGGGACCAUGUUUUUCUUUCUGGCCACAUUUCAGCCAGCGGUUUCCCAGGGGCAGGAAGGGGGGACAGGCCUGCCAGGGCCAAACCCAAACCCUAGGGGUCAGCUCUGUCCUGGGACCAGACCACAGCCCCGCAGUGCUAAGGAACCGACAGCCCAGGCCAGACAGACCCUUGCUGUGAUUCUGUCUGUGCCCACCUGGGGGGGACGUGGGCGCGGGGCCAAAGAAGGACCCCUCUGAAUGGCACGGGGCUGAGGUUACAGAUAGGAUGGUAUAUUCCACCCCACUCCCGAGCCCAGGCCACGAUCGCCCCCUAUUGUCUGUGCCCCAGGCUGAUGGCGGGUCCAGGCUGAGCUAUCCUGAGCAAUUAGUGACCUUUCUAUUCCCCUGAGGCACAGCGCCCCCUAGUGCCAUGCUGGGGCAUUGGGGCCAGUCCUGCCUGCCAGGGGAGAGCCCCCGACUGCUCCCUGCCCAUCUCCCAUCCAUGCCCAGAUCGUGCCCGGCCCUGCUUAGCCAGCGAGAGGAAAGUGAAAGGACUCAGACGUUGCUAAACAACCCCCUGCACCUGCAGCAAAAGGGGGAAGUCUGGAGCCGCCCUUCGAGGCGCUCUGGGGACCCGCCCACACCCCCCGGAGCUCGCCCCCCAAGGGGACCCACAGAAAUCUCCGCCCCCCCCCUCACCCCACCCGGUGCCACUUCCCCUUUCGCCCUCCAAAGCUGCUGGACUGGUUGCUCAGCUCCCCCCGCCCCCGGCCAGAUCAGCUGCCAGAGCCGCGGCUGCAGGACGCACUAUAAGGAACCGACCAGCCCUUCGCUCUUUCCUCUGCUCCCCAGCGCCGCGGCUGUCCAGGGGUCACCAUGAGGCGUCUUGUCUGGCUGCUGUUCCUCCCGGGCUUCCUGUGUCAAUGUGCCCAGCAACCCGUCGAGGUCCCCAAGUCCCUGAUCGCUUGGACGGGGGCCUGUCUGUCCAUCCCGUGCCGUUAUAAAUCCUGCCUCCUGAACCCCACAAGGACAAACAAAGUGACCAUCAGCUCCCUGACCUGGUACCUGAACCCUGUGUAUGACCCUGAGAAGAAAGAUUUCUAUGGCACCGUCCUCUAUAAACACAACGCCUCCAUCAGCCCGGCCUUCGCAGGGCGCGUGAGGUUCCUGGGGGACCUGGAGAGAGAUUGCAGCCUGCAGCUGUCUGACCUGCGGGCCAGUGAGAACGGCACGUACGGGCUGAGACUGAUCGUCUUGAAGCCCGGGAAGAAGCAAGGAGAGGAGAAGUGGAUAACUAACAUAGGUGUUAAUGUGAUUGGUAAGAGGGAAAGUCCUGGGCUUCCUUGUAGGAACAGACUGAAGACUCAUAGCCCCCCCACAACCACUAGACCUCACUCCCCUCCCAGAGCUGGGGACAGAACCCAGGAGUCCUGGCUCCCAGCUCCCACACACACUAGACCCUGCUCUGGUAGCCGCCGUUACUGGGGACGCAGCUCAAUGCGUCUGGGAUGACAUCCAGGCCGGUUG